AGUCCAGUCUUGGGUACCGGAAGUUCUGGGGAAGUAGAUCGAUGUUACUUCGCUCGUUAGGGAGCAGUCAAGUAAUUUUGUUCAGAAUUAUUCUGCGCUUUUACAUACGUAUAUUUAUAGCCAUGGAUGCAUGUGGACUAUCUAAAGACAUCAAUGAUCCAGUUCUCAGUAUUUCUUCUCUGCAUCUCCUGGUUCCACCCUUGCGGCUCCUGUCUGCUGCCAUGUGGCAGGUGGCUCAACAAAGAGAUGUGAGGCACUAUGAGAAGUUGGAGGAGUUUGUGACUCUGGUGACAGAGGCCAUUCCAGAGCUGCUGAGCCACAGACAUAGAGCUCAGCUCAUUCUAGGUCUGAGAGCACGGUUGGUUCUGGAGCUGUGCCGAGGCCCUGCUGACCCUCAAACCAUCCAACCUUACCUGGACAGAAUGCCCACUGUUACUCCAGGAUGCACAGGAUACAGAGACGCAGAGGUGGAAGCAUCUGAAUCCAAUUUUGUGGUGCUUGUCCAAUCACUGCUAAAGGACCCAGUCGAGAGGGAGUGCUUCUUUCAGGAGGUGUUCCCGGAACAAUAUGGCCGACAUUAUGACACAGCGGUGCAGACGUUAACAUGGGAGUUUCUCUCCAGACUGGAACAACUGUUUCCAGUACCAGACCUCAAGCAGACGGCGACAUGGCUCAGCUCUGCCCCUUCAGUCCUGGAGGAGUGUAUGCAGUCGACCCCAGAGAAUCUGAACCUCAUUCUCCAGCACCAUAAGAGUUUUGGACAUUUAAAAGGACCUUCUGCUCUCUCCUCCUCCAUGGGUGACAACAUCCUCUCCUCUCUGUCCACCCCUAAAAUGGUGGUCACCACUGAGCCGACCACUUUUGUCAUCCGGUCAGAGUCGUCACAUAACUCAGCAGACGUGCUGGGCCCCAUGUCUUUAGAGGACGCUAAUGCUGUAGUAGUAACAGUUUACACUGAAGUGGAGGUUGGAACAGAGGUGGAAGAAGAGAUUGUAGAGACAAUGAACGAGGAAUGCGUAUCGUCAAACGCCUCUCCACUGCGGGAGGAGGUGGUUGAACUUAAAGCUGAGGAUAUGAAUCUGGAGAUGACAGUCGUUGAAGAAUAUGGCUACGUGGGGGAGGAGAUGAGUGCAGCCGAGGAAGAGAUGGACACAGUGAGUGUUCCGGUGGAGCAAGCAGAUGAAGCCGUUAAUAUCAGUGAAGACAUUGGAACUGCGACAGAGACACUAGCAGUCAAAAAGGAUGUCCAAGAUGAGGUGGUGGCAGAUCAGGGCGGCCAAUCAGAGACUGUGAAUGUGUGUGUGAACCAGGAAGGGAAGGACACGUCCCAUGUGGUCAACUUUCAAACCCAACAACCUGCGACGUCAAAUGUGAGGCGGUCUACACGGCUGCAGUCGAAGACACCAAGAACUUGGCGGAGGAAAAAGAACACUGAGAACAAGAACAACGGUGAGGCCUCAAGCGUGGUUUAUGUCAUCUCACCCAGGGGAAGAGAAGCCGGUGGAUCUGACAAGGUGACCCCCUUUACCUGCCCUAAGUGUGCCUACCACAGUCUGGAGGAAAAGAGCCUUCACCUCCACAUGCAAAGCAUUCACACAGAAGAGUACAACAAGCCCAAUGUGUCUGGGAAAAACAGAGCAGAGGUUUCACCAUGUCCCGACAACACUGGCCAGAUAUCCACAUCAAUCAAACCUCUCCUUUCUUCAAAAACUUUAACUGAAAACUCUGAGAAUCAAACCGGUAAUGCUGGGACUCCCACGAAAGCAAAAGGCUACCAUAAGGCCCACACAUGCGGCACGUGCGGUAGGAUCUUCACUCGCUCCUCAGAUGUGAGGAGACACCAGCUCACCCACACCGGUGAGAGACCUUUCCACUGCUCUCAAUGCGACAGGACCUUCCAGCAUUCGUGGGACCUGACCAAGCAUGAGAAGAAACAUGGUGGGACAUCCAUCUCUUUCCCCUGCCAGCAGUGCGGGAGCUCCUUUGCCAACCUCCGCUCUCUGACAGCCCACCACAGAAGUUCCCACCUGGGCGAGAGCGACCUGCCCCACCUCUGCUCCAUCUGUGGCAAGAGCUUCCCCUCCUCCUCGGAGUUGCUGGAGCACAGGAAGAGUCACGGGACCAGCCUCCAGUACAUCUGCCAGCAGUGUGGCGAAAGCUUCCACUCCCUGCUGGCUCGUUCCCAACACCGGCAGACCCACCUGGUAAAGCGGCAGUUCAAGUGCCCGCACUGCGACAAGAGCUAUACGCGCAAAGCUGAUGUAAAGAGGCACAUGUUCUCCCACAGCGGCGAGCGACCGCACCAGUGUAACCAGUGUGGGAGAUGCUUUUCCUUCCUCUUCCUGCUCAAGAAACACCAAAUAGUUCACACGGGCGAGAGGCCUUUCCAGUGCUCCUACUGUCCCAAGAGGUUCACAUUGAUAUCCAUCCUGAGCAGACAUGAGAGAAUGCACACCGGGGAGAGACCCUUCCUCUGCUCUCAGUGUGGGAAGAGCUUUCUGUCCCAGGGGGAGCUGUCCAAGCACCACCGCUCCCACACUGAUGAGAGACCGUACGCUUGCAAUCAGUGUGACAAGAGGUUUAAGAGCAAAAAAUCCCAACAGGAACAUAUCAUCUCCCACACCGGCGUGCGCCCUUACCCUUGCUCUUAUUGUGGGAAAGGAUUCACCAAACCAUACGCUCUGACCAGGCACCAUCUCAUACACACAGGGGAAAGACCAUUCCCCUGCGUCCACUGUGGGAAAACGUUUCUCACCCCCGCAGAGGUACAACUACACAUCCGCAUUCACACAGGGGAACGCCCUUACCCCUGCCCUGAUUGUCAGCUGAAGUUUAGGAGUUCGUCAGACUUGGCACGACACAAACGCUUUCAUACAGGGGUGCAGACAUUUGUCUGUAACCAGUGUAUGAAAAACUUUCCCACCUCGUCCAAACUGAAGAAACACAUGGAGAACCACUCAGGGACAGAGGCAGUCCAGAGCUCAGACUUUGGAGAAAAUUCCAACCAACAACAGUCAGCAUUUGGCCCAGGCGACAAAAUGGACUCGGAAUUUUCGGCAGCGGACAAUGCAGGUCUCCCUCUCCUCUCCCUCUGCCUCUUGGUUCCACCCAUUCAGCUUAUGUCAGCGUCCAUAUGGCAGGUGGUGCAACAGCGAGAUGCCAUGAAUUAUGCAAUGCUGGCGGAGUUUGUCUCCCUGGUGACAGAGAUGGUCCCAGAGUUGCUGAUCUAUAGGCACAGGGCCCAACUUAUUUUGGGAUUGCGAGCAAGGCACAUUCUGGAGUUGUGUCGCAGUGAGCAUCCUGUAGAACCUCAGGUCAUCUUAACCCAGCUGUACAUGAUUCAACCACUUACCCACUUCAGUAAUGAUGUAAGUGACACAGAGGUGGAGUCGUCAGAGACUCAUUUUCUGGAGCUGGUCCAGACCCUGCUUAAAGACCCUGAUGAGAGAGAGCAUUUUUUCACAGAGAUAUUCCCAGUGGAGUAUGGACCACAAUAUGACAUCGAGCUGCAGACUCUACUGUGGGAGUUCCUGUCCAGAUUGGUUCAACUGUUACCGACCCCUGACCUCGCACAGACAAUAGCAUGGCUCGGUACUGCCCCCUCAGUCUUGGAUGAUUGUGCCCAUGUUAUAUCUCAUCCAGCAGAUCUGAAGAGUCUGCUUCAGCACCAUAAACGUCUUGGACAUUUGGAGCAACAUGUACCCCCCUGCGCCAUGGGCGACUGCAUCCUGUCCUCUCUCUCCAUCCCGCCACACAGUAGAACGGUGAUCAGCACUGAGCAGACCAGCUGUCACAACCAGUCAGAACCCUCGCAGGAGUUUGUGGAUGACUUCGAGGUGGAAAUUGUAACUCUGACAGGUUAUGAAGAGGUUGAAUUAGGUUUGAGUCAGGAGGAGGUGGAGGAUGGGAACGAUGAUGAAGGGCAGACCAUGGAGGACAAGGAAGAAGAGCCUAAAGAAACGUCUGCUGAAGAAGUGGAGGAAGAGGAGAAAGUGAUGGAGGACCAUGAAGAGAGGGGCUUGGAGAGCAACUCGCAUCUAGAAGAAGCCGAGGAUGAGCCAGCAUCCUCCCAUCACCAAACAUCCUCUGGGCCCCACAUCUGCUCAGUCUGUGAGAAGAGCUUCAAGUUUGCCUCUGCACUAAUAGCCCAUCAGGUCAUCCAUACAGGAGAGCGCCCGUAUGUUUGCCAUCUGUGUGGACGGUGUUUCUCCUUCAGGCAGUCUCUGGACAGGCACAAACAGACACAUAAGGAUGGGCGCGUUUACGACUGCUUGAUCUGUGGGGAGACCUUUCAGUCCUUGUCAGCCCGCACAGAGCACAAGAAGAGCCAUAUGGAGGAAGGCGCUUACCAGUGCUCACAGUGCCACAGGAAGUUCAACUGGGUGUCGGCUAUGGUGAGACACCUGAAGGCUCACACAGAGGGCACUGAGGUCAAAACGCAGGAACUUACAAAAAGCCUGAAGUCUGAGAAAGAUGAUAUAGGGAUUAAAGAGAUUGUAGGAGAGGUGGCUAUUGAUCCCCCUGAAACAGACCUGGUGUUGGAGGAUGGAGGGAAAUUCUGUUACAAUCCACAGGAAGGAGCGGAUCACAAACAACAGGAAGGUGAUGGUCAGUCUGGUCAGUCCACUUCGUCUGAGCCUGCAGUGUUGGUGCCUGGACUUCUGGACAAGGCCGUAACACUUGUCAAGGUCCGUACCAGUGGUAGGAAAACGAAACCGACCUUGAAGGUGCAGAUGGUGAACCUGCAGAAGCUCAAGGGAAAGGUUGCCACCCCAAAGAGAAGGGCGGGUGGAAGCUUGAUGAACCCCCAAGGUUUCACACCAUUGCAUUUUAAGAGUGAGGAACACUCCUAUGGCUCACCAGUGGUCUCAACAAAGGAAGGAGACACAGGGUGGUGUCCAUUCUCCUGUCCCGAGUGCUCAUUCGUCAACUCAGACGAGGCGUCCGUCCAGCAGCACAUUGAGACGAACCACUCGGGGGAAGUGCAGGAAGACGCUCAGUCCGCUCCGCACCAAACAGGCCAAGCUGGACACUAUGAUUGCCCAGACUGUAACAGCAGCUACAAGUUUCAGUCCUUACUGAAAUACCAUCGGCGUGUCCACACCGGCGAGCGCCCGUACGUGUGCCCUCAGUGCGGACGGCGCUUCUCCUUCAAGCAGUCACUAGAGAGGCACAAACAGACACACAAGGAUGGGCGCAAGCAUGACUGUCUGAUCUGUGGGCAGAACUUCAAGUCCUUGUCAGCGUACACAGAGCACAAGAAGAACCACAUGGAGAACGGUGUGUAUCGGUGUUCGGAAUGCGACCGGCGGUUCUCCUGGAAGUCUGCGCUGGUAAGACACCUCCGGACUCACACGGACAACGCCACCGAGGCUGAGCUCUCUUACAAAUGCCCAAGGUGUGACUUGGGAUUCAGCAGUAGUACGUACCUUAACAGGCACCUGCUCACACACCAAGAGGAGAGGUUGCAUGUCUGCAGCUGUGGCAAGAACUUUGCCUACAAGGCUGCUCUGACCGCACACCAGCGCACCCACCUGAAAGAGAGGCCACACCAGUGCAAGCAGUGUGGAAAGGGUUUCCUCUACAAGGGAGGGCUGGUAAGUCACAUGAAGAUCCACUCCGAAGAAAUGCCUUUCAUGUGCUCAUUCUGCGGGAAGAGCUUCAAGAGGGAGAGGAACAUGAAGAAACACGAACGCUGCCACACCAGGGAGAACGUGUUCAGCUGCUCGCAGUGCGACAAGACCUUUGUGUACAAGGCCACACUGACCAGGCACGAGCUAACCCACUCGGGGGAGAGACCGUUCCUGUGCUCCGAUUGUGGCAAAGGGUUUUUCUCCCAUGCGGAGCUUCUAAAGCAUGAGCGCUUCCACACGGGCCACAAGCCGUUCCAGUGCUCCCACUGCGGGAAGCAGUUCACCCAGUCCUGCUACCUGACCAUUCACCUGCGCUACCACACAGGGGUACGGCCUUACUCCUGCACCCAUUGUGACAAGAGCUUUCUCAGCGCCAACCGUCUAAAGAGACACCUGAGAACCCACACAGGAGAGAAACCCUACCUGUGUUCAGAGUGUGGGAAAGGUUUCAAACAGUCAUAUCACCUCAAGAUGCACCAGCAGACUCAUGCCACUAAGAUUUGCUGAGGCAUGAUUGUGUCUCUGUCCAGACUUCAGUCAAAUUAUUUGGUAGAAUGUAAUGGUGAGUUAGCUGUCGACUGUGUAGACAACCAGGAGUGUUUAAAAUAUAAAAAUAUAAAUUCAAUAUGCAACAAAUUCAAAGAUUUUAGUGAGUUACAGUAUAAGGAAAUCAUUCAAUUGAAAUGAAUUCAUUAGGCCAUAAUCUAUGGAUUUCACAUGAAUUGGCAGGGGUGCAGCCAUGGGUGGGCCUGGGAGGGCUUAGGCCCACCCACUGGGGAGCCAGGCCCAGCCAGUCAGAAUGAGUUUUUCCUCUUAAAAUGGCUU